AUGGCUAGCUUCUCAUCCACACUUGAAGAUCACUACCAUGGAGGAGCCUCUGCUUCUGUUUCAAUUCCAUUCGAUUGGGAAUCUCAACCAGGCACACCAAAAUCCAAGUACCUCCAAAACCCUACUCUCCCCCCUCUCACACCUCCACCUUCCUACUUUUACACAAAGACCAAAACACCCUUGAGGAAAAAGCACUCCAACUCUCUUCUUUUUCACAAUAUUUUCCCCAAGAUGCGUAGUAGUACUAGUACUUCAAGAAAAACAUCAACCCUAGCAUCAUCCCCAGUCUCUUCUUCACCAUCUCUUUCUUCUUCUUCGUCUUCGUCAGCAUCCUCAACAGCAUAUUAUUCAGUCCCAUCUUCCCCUAUAACACCUUCGAAAUUCCGGAAUCGAGGUAGGUCGAUGUCAAGCCCAAAGGUGCUGGUUGAUUCAAGGAACAUCCAUUACCAUGAUCGGUACGAAGACUAUGGCUCAAGAGUUUCAACUAGAACAGGUUGCUAUUUAAACUUCAUUAAGGUGUUCCUUAGGGAAUUUCAUUAA